AUGUCCCCUCCUCAAGUUAGAGAACCAACCGACCUUGAGCGAAACGCUCUGCUCGCUAAUCCCAACAUUGCCCAUCUCACCAAUAAUGGUCGUUUGAGCGUACCCGGUUCUCCUUAUUCUCCCUCUUCCCCCAGGACGGGAAGUGAUACAUCCAUAAACCGCAUCAAGAACCUCCCGGGUUAUAAGAACUACCAGUUCGCCGGAAAGUCUGCUCAGCAGGAAGAGGUCGAAGACAAUGUCGCCUCGAAGGGUUUCAUCCCAGCCGAGCUAGUGAACAAUGAGGUCGUGUGGUUCUACAAUCACUUGGGGAUAGACGACACCUACUUUGCAAAUGAGAGCAUAGAGGUCAUUUCUGACCAUGUUCUGGCUCUGUAUGGCGCGAAGCUUCUUGCAUAUACUAAACACGACCCUGCUAAGCUUGUCAUCGACUUGGAGAAGAUCACAAGGGAAGGGGACAGUGACAAGUCUCCUGAGGGUGCUGUUUUCAUCCACACAUCACCGCCCGGAAAGAGGGCCACAGAUGGCCCUGGUGCGACCUGCGAAAAGCGCAUCGACAACAUGUAUCUAGACAACUCGACCGUCGAGAAGGCUUACAGGUUGGAGACCUAUCGUUCUCAAGGAUCCGUGAGUGCCACCACGGGGCAACAGCUGCGAUGCUACUUCGUCACUCGCUGUCAAUUCCCAAGCGAACUUGCAAAGAAGCUUCCCGACGGCACCACUGACAUACGCACGGUCUCGGACACCCGUUUCUUAGAGAGAGCUAGCGAGCAUACGCUUGGAAUCUAUCAGUCCGUCAUGUCGAACGUAGAGACCAGGUACGGACCUGUUAUAGAAGUGUUUGAAGUAGAGGAGACUAGGGAGCGAAGAGUCGUCAUCGGGUAUAGAAUGGGGGGUACAUCCCACUACUUCAGCGCCCUCUCGGAUCUGUAUCACUUCUAUGGGCUGUACUCGGCCCGCAAAUACGUCGAACAAUUUGCCAAUGGGGUGACCAUCGUCUCAAUGUAUCUCAAUCCCGUUCCCAACUCGCAAGCUCCUCCAAUCGAGCAUUCUAUCUUCCAAGUUAAGAAAGAGGCAUCUCUCCUUUACUGCCUUCCCGACAAUCCUUUCUUUGCGGAAGAAGGCGUUCCGCACGCCGUUCAAGAAGCAACAUACGCAUACUGUGGGUGGAUCUUCGCCCAACACUUCUGCAAUCGGCUUGGAGCUGCGUACCUCGCCCUCAAGAAUGUUUUAGACGAGUCAAAUCCUGAGCACGAGCAAGUGUUGAACCAAAUCAAGAGGCGAUUCCGUGACGAGACCUUUACGAGGCAGUAUAUCGAAGAUGUCAUUAAAGCCCACCCAGAAUUGAUCCGCCUACUGUACAUUAACUUUGCCAUGGUGCACUACCCCUCGCAUGAGGAGGCAACCAGGCUUGGACCUACCCUUUCCUACCUGCGCAUGCAAGUUGAUCACCCACUCACAGACGAGGAACUGUACACAAAGAUUCGCCGGACUAUGCCAAAUGAGCACGAUCAGCAAGUGCUCACGAGCUUCCUUGUGUUUAACAAGCAUGUUCUCAAGACCAACUUCUACCAGCCCACGAAGGUAGCACUCUCGUUCAGAAUGGAACCGUCGUUCUUGCCAGCAGUCGAAUACCCGAAGACACCGUUUGGUCUCUUCUUCAUCAUUGGCUCUGACUUCCGCGGCUUCCAUGUGAGAUUUAAGGAUGUGGCUAGAGGAGGCAUCCGUAUCGUCCGCUCAAGAGGCGUCGAGCAAUAUUCCAUUAACCAGCGGAUGCUAUUCGACGAGAAUUAUGCCCUCGCAUCUACUCAGUCGUUGAAGAAUAAGGACAUCCCUGAAGGCGGGGCUAAAGGCACUAUUCUCCCGAGCAUUGGCGCGAAUGCACGCCUUUGCUUCGAGAAAUAUGUUGAUGCGGUUAUUGAUCUGCUCGUUCCCGGUCAUAGCCCUGGCAUCAAGGAGCCGAUAAUCGAUCUCUAUGACAAACCGGAGAUCCUCUUCUUCGGACCUGAUGAGGGCACCGCGGAUAUGAUGGAUUGGGCUGCCAUUCAUGUAAGGAAUCGCGGCGUGGACUCAUGGAAGUCAUUUACGACCGGGAAGAGUGCGGAGUUGCUUGGCGGUGUACCUCAUGACACCUACGGCAUGACAUCGUUGUCGGUCCGCCAAUACGUGGUCGGCAUUUACAAAGCACUCGGAUUGAAAGAGAAGGAUGUGACGAAAGUGCAGACAGGUGGUCCAGAUGGGGAUUUAGGCUCCAACGAAAUUCUUCUCAGCUCGGACAGGACGAUUGCCAUCAUCGACGGCAGUGGAGUUCUGGCUGACCCCGCUGGUAUUAAUCGCCAAGAGCUUAUUCGGCUGGCAAAGCUCCGCAUUCCUGUGUCCAACUUUGAUCGCUCCAAGCUCAGCAAGGAGGGGUAUCUUGUCAUGGUUGAAGACCAGGAUGUCAAAUUGCCAAGUGGGGAGAUUGUUCAAGACGGCACUGACUUCCGCAACUCUGCCCACUUGCGGUUUAAAGCAGAUCUCUUCGUGCCCUGUGGAGGUCGACCCGAGGCAGUGAACAUCUCUAAUGUUUCCCAACUGUUCGACCUAGAUGGGGCGCUUCACUUCAAGUAUAUUGUCGAGGGCGCCAACCUGUUCAUCACUCGAGAGGCACGGUUGUAUCUCGAAAAGCGUGGCGUUAUUCUCUUCAAGGAUGCCAGUGCUAACAAGGGUGGCGUAACGUCAUCGUCUCUCGAAGUUCUCGCGGGUCUCUCCCUGAAUGACAGUCAAUACACCGACUUGAUGAUUUUCAAAAACGGCAAACCUUCUGAAUUCUACGAAUCAUAUGUUCGCGACAUCCAGUCGAAGAUCACUGAAAAUGCCGCGAAUGAGUUUUCCUGCAUCUGGAGAGAAUACAACCGACUCAAGGGAGUCAAACCUCGCAGCGCUAUCUCUGAUGAGUUAUCCGGGCACCUGACCGAGCUUCAGGAAGAACUCGAGAAUUCGGAUCUGUUCGAUGACAAGCCCAGCCGACUAGGUGUUAUGCGGAAGGCUAUUCCGGAUACUCUCGUGAACAAGGUGGGACUGGAUCCAAUUUUGCGCCGACUUCCGGUGCCAUAUCAGAAGGCGCUCUUUGCAAGCUGGGUCGCAUCACAUUUCAUUUAUCAGUUUGGCGUCAAUGGCAGUGCCGUUGACUUCUUCCAUUUUGCGCGCGACCUUGCCCUCCGCGACUAGGUUAGCAGACAACUCACACAUUCUUACUACUCCAAGGACACGAUUACCGUUUUAGUUUUGAUCCGUGACUUAAUGUUUGUCGAACUAUAAAUCAAA